AUGACUCAAACAAAAGACCAUGUUCUGAUAACUGGAGCCGGUGGCUUCAUCGGCCAGGAACUCAUCACAUCUCUCCUCAAAGACAUGCCCAGCGCUCGCUUCACCCUCACCGAUAUCAUCACUCCCCCAAUCCCCUCAGGAGCAGAAAGCCAGGUCACAUCCCUCAAAGUAGACCUAACAGACCCAUCAGCUGUUAAAUCCCUGCUGUCCAACCGCUUCAGCCACGUCUAUAUUCUUCAUGGUCUCAUGUCCGGUGGCGCAGAGGCCAAUCUAGACCUGGGACUCAAGAUCAACGUUGACUCUGUGCGAAGUAUUCUUGACGUGCUGCGGACUGCAUAUCCUGGUACGAAAGUGAUAUUUGCUAGCUCGUGCGCUAUCUACGGUCAGACGGAUCUUGUGACUGAGUUUGGAACACUUCCUCAGCCUAAGAGUUCAUAUGGUAUUCAGAAGUUGCUGGUAGAGCUUUUGAUCAAUGAUUACUCCCGCCGCGGUCUUCUCGACGGACGAAUUGUUCGCCUACCCACUGUCAUCGUCCGCCCAGGCGCACCCUCGGCUGCUGCAUCCAGCUUUGCAUCAGGCAUUGUCCGAGAGUCUCUCCACGGAGUCCCCAACAUUCUACCAGUUAGUAGAGACCUCGAGCUUUGGGUCUGCAGUCCUGCAACGGUUAUCAAGAACCUCAUCAAGAUCAAGGACGUUCCAAAAGAGAAGUUUGGUGACUCGAGAGUGGUCAACCUACCUGGCAUUACGGUUACGGUGCAGGAGAUAUUAGACGCUUUGAGAGAGGUCGGCGGUGAGAAGGCGCUUGGGCAGAUUGAGGAGAAGAGGGAUCCGGCGAUUGAGGCAAUUGUAAGUAGUUGGCCGGCGAGGUUUGAUGUUUCUAGGGCUUAUGGUCUUGGACUCGAGGCUGAUGGAACGGUGUUAGAUGCUGUUAAGGCGUUCCAUGUAAAGAUUUCCAAGGCUUAG